CGCUGCGCUCUCGUACGCAUUUGUGUGGGUCUACUUUCUAGUUCGAGUAAAGCGACAUUUGUCGUUGCAGUAUUCCUGAGGAAACUCUAAUUGUUUAAGAGAGGAAACAAUAAGCUUAAGUACCAACAGCGUGUUUUUGUUUAUAUUGUGAACUGUGCGUGUCAGUGUAAUCUUCUACACUUUUAAGGUUAACUCAGUUGCAGUAACUAAAGACAACGUGAGUCGAAGAAGAUUCCGUUUGAGAUUGAGGUGGAUCGGCUCGCACUAUUCCCGAGCUUAAAUUCGAGCUCCAAAUCAAGGGUACCGGCAAGAGACCGCCACAGGUGAUUCAACAGUCAUCGCUGUUGUCAAGAUGGCGUCCAAGUCAAAUAACAGCGACCAUGGCCGCUCAGAUUCAUACAGGGUUGCCACUUUACCUGACAUUCGCGAUGACAACAAAACUGCAGAUGGAAUGUACAAGUCCCGACGGAAGAGUCCGAAAAAAAAGGGGGGAAACUUAGAUGAUCUAAAACAAGAGUUAGUCAUCGAUUUUCAUAAGAUUAGCCCUGAGGAACUAUAUCAAAGAUUUCAAACACAUCCAGAAAAUGGACUUAGCCAUGCGAAGGCAAAAGAGAACCUGGAACGCGAUGGACCAAACGCUCUGACGCCACCGAAACAGACACCAGAAUGGGUUAAAUUCUGCAAGAAUCUCUUUGGUGGUUUUGCUCUACUAUUAUGGAUUGGCGCUAUUCUUUGUUUUAUCGCUUAUUCUAUCCAUGCAACUACAAGUGAGGAUGCAAAUGAAGAUGACUUGUACCUUGGUGUUGUAUUGGCUGCCGUCGUUAUCGUCACUGGCAUAUUCUCCUAUUAUCAAGAAAGUAAAUCCAGUAAAAUUAUGGAGUCCUUUAAAAACAUGGUGCCACAGUUUGCAAUCGUUAUUAGGGAAGGUGAGAAAUUCACCCUCAAAGCUGAAGAUCUAGUAAUUGGGGAUGUCGUUGAAGUUAAAUUUGGUGACAGAAUUCCGGCUGACCUUAGGAUCAUCGAGUCCCGAGGUUUCAAGGUGGACAAUAGCUCAUUGACAGGAGAGUCAGAACCACAAUCGAGGUCACCUGAAUUUACGAACGAAAAUCCUCUCGAAUCAAAGAAUUUAGCGUUCUUUUCUACGAAUGCAGUCGAGGGCACAGCUAAAGGAGUUGUUAUCUGCUGCGGCGAUCAAACAGCAAUGGGUAGAAUCGCUGGUCUUGCAUCUGGUCUUCAUACUGGGGAGACGCCGAUUGCUAAAGAAAUUCAUCACUUCAUUCACUUGAUUACGGGUGUUGCCGUUUUCCUUGGUGUGACCUUCUUUGUAAUUGCCUUCAUUUUGGGCUACCAUUGGCUCGACGCCGUUAUUUUUCUUAUCGGCAUCAUCGUCGCUAAUGUGCCUGAAGGUCUCCUUGCCACUGUCACGGUGUGCCUAACUCUUACAGCAAAACGCAUGGCGUCUAAGAAUUGUCUGGUUAAGAAUCUUGAAGCCGUUGAAACACUCGGUUCAACUUCUACUAUCUGCUCUGAUAAAACAGGUACAUUAACACAGAACCGUAUGACGGUAGCGCACAUGUGGUUUGACAACCAGAUUAUCGAGGCCGACACUACCGAAGACCAAUCGGGUGUUCAAUACGACCGAACAUCACCAGGCUUCAAAGCCUUGGCAAAAAUUGCAACAUUGUGUAAUCGUGCUGAAUUCAAAGGUGGCCAAGAAGGUUUACCGAUCCUUAAACGCGAGGUUAAUGGUGACGCCUCAGAGGCUGCGCUUUUAAAGUGUAUGGAACUUGCCCUGGGUGACGUUAUGGGUAUUCGUAGACGCAAUAAGAAAGUCUGUGAGAUUCCAUUUAAUUCGACUAAUAAAUAUCAAGUUUCGAUCCAUGAAUCUGAUGAUCCGCACGAUCCUCGUCACCUGUUGGUAAUGAAAGGCGCCCCCGAGCGUAUCCUUGAGCGUUGCUCAACCAUUUUCAUCGGCGGCAAGGAAAAGGUCCUUGACGAGGAAAUGAAGGAAGCUUUCAACAACGCCUACCUUGAGCUCGGCGGUCUCGGUGAACGAGUUCUCGGCUUUUGUGAUUACAUGCUACCGUCCGAUAAGUUUCCCAUUGGCUAUAAAUUUAACUGUGACGAUCCAAAUUUUCCGACUGACAGUUUACGAUUCGUUGGUCUUAUGUCUAUGAUUGAUCCACCUCGAGCAGCUGUACCCGAUGCCGUAGCUAAGUGUCGUUCAGCUGGUAUCAAGGUUAUUAUGGUUACCGGCGAUCAUCCAAUCACUGCCAAAGCCAUUGCCAAAUCUGUCGGCAUCAUUUCCGAAGGUAAUGAAACAGUCGAAGAUAUUGCACAGAGGUUAAAUAUUCCAGUAUCUGAGGUGAACCCGCGGGAAGCAAAGGCUGCUGUCGUUCACGGCACCGAGCUCAGGGAAUUGGGUCACGAUGCAUUGGAUGAUAUUCUACGGUAUCAUACGGAAAUUGUCUUCGCCCGUACUUCACCUCAGCAGAAACUUAUCAUUGUCGAGGGUUGCCAAAGAAUGGGUGCUAUAGUUGCUGUAACCGGCGACGGUGUCAACGACUCACCAGCUCUGAAAAAAGCAGAUAUUGGCGUCGCCAUGGGUAUCGCUGGUUCGGAUGUAUCUAAACAGGCCGCCGACAUGAUUCUUCUGGAUGACAAUUUCGCUUCAAUUGUCACUGGCGUCGAGGAAGGUCGGCUUAUCUUCGACAACUUAAAGAAGUCAAUCGCUUACACUCUUACUUCAAACAUUCCCGAGAUCUCACCCUUCUUAGCCUUCAUACUUUGCGAUAUUCCCCUGCCUCUUGGCACCGUUACUAUUCUUUGCAUCGACUUAGGAACCGACAUGGUACCAGCCAUCUCAUUAGCCUACGAGGAAGCAGAAAGUGACAUUAUGAAGCGACGACCAAGAAACCCGUUCACCGACAAGCUAGUUAACGAAAGACUCAUCUCAAUGGCAUACGGGCAAAUUGGCAUGAUCCAAGCUGCCGCUGGAUUCUUCGUUUAUUUUGUUAUUAUGGCUGAAAAUGGUUUUCUUCCUACACAUCUUUUCGGAAUUCGAAAACAGUGGGAUUCUAAAGCUAUAAAUGAUUUAACGGAUAGCUAUGGUCAGGAAUGGACUUAUAGAGAUCGUAAGACUUUGGAAUUUACAUGUCACACAGCCUUUUUUGUAUCAAUUGUAAUUGUACAGUGGGCUGACUUGAUUGUUUGUAAAACACGUCGUAACUCGAUAAUUCACCAAGGUAUGAGAAACUGGGCACUUAAUUUUGGCUUGGUCUUCGAAACCGCACUUGCCGCGUUCCUAAGUUACACUCCGGGAAUGGAUAAGGGUCUCAGAAUGUUCCCGCUCAAAUUUGUUUGGUGGUUGCCAGCGAUUCCUUUCAUGCUCGCAAUAUUUAUUUAUGAUGAAACGAGACGAUUCUACCUUCGUCGAUAUCCAGGCGGUUGGCUUGAACAAGAAACUUAUUACUAAAUACACAACAUGUAGAACGGGCGAGAGAGAGAGAGAGAGAGAGCGAAAGA